ACUUUCUUUGGUUCGUCCGUCGCCGUUAUCAUUACUUACGUCAACAACGGUAAAAAGGUACUCUAAAAGGAAGUCAUCAAAAUAUAAAUGAGUAAAUGGAAUCACAGAAUUUAGGAGUUCCACAAGUUAAUCCAACAUCUUUUUCAAUUAUAUCGCAAAUCCCAUCAGGGAGCGUCUUUAUAUACAUCUUUUCUCUUUUUGCUUCUCGUUUAUUCCUUGUUAAUAGUUCUUCAUCAGAUUUCAUUAUUACCAACUAAAUCCAAUGGCUAGGCACGAGGAAUUACCAAUUCCAUUUUUCUCUGAUCUUGAGCCAGUUUAUGGUAGUGGAUCACAGCUUGAAGAGGCUCAAUUUCGAUUCAAGAAUUUGAAGUCCAAGUUCAUUGACUUGUUUGGCCAAUCCCCUCAUGUCUACGCUCGAUCCCCAGGGAGAGUGAACUUGAUUGGGGAACACAUAGAUUAUGAGGGGUACUCUGUGUUGCCUAUGGCAAUUCGCCAAGACACAAUUGUGGCUAUCUGGAAACACGACUCUAAUGAGCCUGACAAGCUUCUUCGAAUUGCUAAUGUGAAUAGUGACAAGUACUCCUUGUGCACUUACCCUGCUGAUCCUCUGCAGGAGGUUGAUCUGAAGAAUCACAGAUGGGGCCAUUAUUUCAUUUGUGGGUACAAGGGUUUCUAUGAAUAUGCCAAGUUGAAAGGGAUAGAUGUUGGUGAACCUGUUGGACUUGAUGUUGUUGUUGAUGGUACAGUUCCUACAGGAUCUGGACUUUCGAGCUCUGCAGCAUUUGUUUGCUCUUCCUUUAUUGCUAUAAUGGCUUCAAUUGGCAUUAACAUGCCCAAGAAAGAAAUUGCUCAACUUACAUGUGAAUGUGAAAGGCACAUCGGAACUCAGUCUGGUGGAAUGGAUCAGGCCAUCUCUGUUAUGGCACAAUUUGGGUUCGCGGAGCUGAUUGAUUUCAAUCCUAUACGUUCAACUGAUGUACAACUCCCUGCUGCUGGAACUUUUGUGAUAGCCCAUUCACUAGCUGAAUCACAAAAAGCAGUUACUGCAGCAGUUAACUACAAUAAUCGGGUUGUUGAAUGUCAGCUAGCUGCUAUUGUACUGGGCAUUAAGUCGGGGAUGGAACCUCAGGAAGCAAUAUCUAGUGUAAAAACUCUUUCUGAUGUUGAAGGGUUGUGUGUAUCAUUCGCUGGUACACACGGUUCUUCUGACCCUGUUUUUGCUGUCAAGGUGCUAUUGCAUGAGGAACCAUAUACUAACGAAGAGAUUGAGAAUAUCACCAAGGAAAAGUUGGAAACAAUAUUUGCCACUUCACCAACUUCUUUAGAUGUGCUUCGUGCUGCUAAGUGUUACAAGUUGCAUCAGAGAGCUGCCCAUGUAUUUUCUGAAGCCAAACGUGUCCAUGCUUUUAAAGACACCGUAUCAUCAGAUUUAAGUGAUGAAGACAUGCUGAAGAAGUUAGGUGACCUUAUGAACGAGAGUCACCAUAGCUGCAGUGUCCUUUAUGAGUGCAGUUGUCUAGAAUUAGAAGAACUUGUGAAGAUUUGUCGAGAUAAUGGUGCUCUUGGAGCUAGGCUUACCGGAGCUGGAUGGGGUGGAUGCGCAGUGGCUUUGGUGAAAGAGAGUCUUGUUCCACAAUUUAUACUCAAUUUGAAGGAGCAAUUUUAUCAAUCUAGGAUUGACAAAGGAACCAUCAGUAAGAAUGACCUUGGCUUGUACAUUUUUGCAUCGAAGCCCUCAAGUGGGGCUGCCAUUUUCAAAUUUUAGGUCUUGUUACAUUAGUUACCUCCAACAUUUUCAAUCCAAAAAUAAAGGUGAAUUAGAAAUGAGAUUGUUCGUCUUCUUCUCUCAACCGUAGGACAUUAUUAUAUUGUAACCAUCAGUAAAAAUGACCUUGGCUUGUACAUUUUUGCAUCGAAGCCCUCAAGUGGGGCUGCCAUUUUCAAAUUUUAGGUCUUGUUACAUUAGUUACCUCCAACAUUUUCAAUCCAAAAAUAAAGGUGAAUUAGAAAUGAGAUUGUUCGUCUUCUUCUCUCAACCGUAGGACAUUAUUAUAUUGUUAAACUCAAUGUUAGGUAACAGUGAAAAUAAUUAUGUUAUGUAACACCUAGUUUGGCGUGUUUGCAUCUUUAUUUAUUUUUCUUCCUAUUA